AUGGCUCUAUCAGAGAAUCAAAAAAUUGAUCUAUUUGAAUCAAUAACUUAUCGGAGAGAUCGAGAAAAUGUGAUUGAUUUUUUAACACGGUACGAAUGGGAUAUUUAUACUGCUAUCGAAGCAUAUUAUGCACGUCCUGACAAAAAACAACUUCUUCAAUAUAUUGAUUCGAAUAUUAUUGGUAAAAAUCUUCUAUUCGAUACUCCAUGGGGAUCUCGAAAAAUUAUUUAUGCUGAUUAUACAGCAUCUGGACGUGCUUUAAUAUUUAUCGAACAGUGUAUCUUAUCAAACGUGUUACCUUAUUAUGCUAAUACACACAGUGAAAAUAAUGCAUGUGCAUUACAAACUAUAAAAUUUCGUGAAGGAUCACGAGCAAUGAUUAAACAUUAUGUCAAUGCAACCGAUGACGAUGUUCUUAUUUUUACUGGAUCAGGAUCAACCGCUGCUAUUAAUAAACUUGUUGAUGUAUUACAUCUAAAAGAUGAACAAGUUCGAAGUACAACUGUUGUUUUUAUUAGUACAUUUGAACAUCAUUCAAAUAUUUUACCUUGGAAAGAAACAGGAGUGGAGGUUAUACGUAUUCCAAAUAAUAAGUUAGGUCUUCUUGAUGAAGAUUUUUUACAAAAUCAAUUGAAAUAUUAUCAUGAUGAAGUUAAAAAACAUAUUAUUUGUACAUUUAAUGCUGCUAGUAAUGUAACUGGUAUUCGAACUGAUGUGGAUCAUAUAUCAAAACUUGUUCAUCAAUAUGAUGGUUUGAUCUUUUGGGAUUAUGCAGCAGCAGCACCUUAUAUUAAACUUGAUAUGAAUCCAUCAAAAUUUGAUUAUAAAGAUGCUGUUUUUAUUUCUACGCAUAAAUUUAUUGGUGGACCAUCGACACCAGGUAUUUUAAUUGCUAAGAAAAAACUUUUUACCAAUCAAGUUCCAAGUGCUUGUGGAGGUGGUACAGUAAAUUUUGUUACUCGAGAACACGUUGAAUAUGCAACAGAUAUUGAAACACGUGAAGAAGGUGGAACACCCAAUAUUCUUGGUGCUAUUCGAGCUGGUUUAGUUUUUCAUUUAAAAGAAUCUGUUGGUUGUGAUACAAUUGAAGCACGUGAAGAUGCAUUAGUUUCAAAAUUCUUUACACGAUUUCGAAAUCAUCAAACAUUAUUUAUACUUGGAUCAUCAACUGUUUCUCGACUAGGAAUAUUUUCAUUUCUUAUUUAUGUACCAUUUUUUCAGAAAUAUUUACAUCAUAAUUUUAUUUUACGAUCCGGAUGUUCUUGUGCUGGACCUUAUGUUUUAGAUCUACUUAAUAUUAAUGAUCAAGCAGCAAACAUUUAUACAAGAUUUAUUACAGUAGAUGAAAAUGCUCGAUCUGAUGGAAUUCCUAAAAUUGAAUUAAUGAAACCCGGCUUUACUCGAUUUAAUUUAUCAUAUUUUGCAAGUGAUGAAGAAGUUGAUUAUAUUUUAAAUGCAGUCGAAUUUAUUGCAAAUGAUGGAUGGAAAUUUUUACCAUUGUAUACUUAUGAUCCACAAACUGCUGUUUGGCAUUCUCGUACUAUGUCAUCACAAAAUCAAUCUUCUCAAUAUCAUAGUCUUCAAAUGAUUACUUAUGCAAAUGGUACAAUGGAAGAGAAUAUUAGACAACAACAAAAUGAGAUUUUUAAUCCAAAUGCUCCUCAUCUUAUCAUAAAUCCAUCUUCAGAUGAUCCGAUCGAGGAAGCUAAAUCAAUAGCAAAUGAUAUACCAAAAUAUGUUUAUGAAAAUUUUGAUUCUCAAACUGAUCCACCAUUAUAUAUUCCAGAUGAAUAUACAAAUUUUGUUUGGUUUGUUAUACCGAAAGACAUUAUUCGAAAAAUGGUCAUUGAUUUUGGAAGAAAUAAAGAAAAUAUUCUUCAAUCAACACCAUUUCGUCCGAGAGUCGAUGAUUAA